CCUGAAGGGUAGUUGCUUGUCGAAGUCUCGCACCAAACAGUGAGCGAGCCAGACCUGAGGCUUCUAGUUUCGGCCUCCCUGCUUGACGGGCCGGGCUGCCCCGCCGCUCGUUUUGAGACCUGGCCGCAGCUCGGAGGCUCCCGCGCACUCGGGUUCCGGGCCUGUGGGUCCAAGGGCCUCUGGGCAGGCGGCGAGGACUUGGCCGACCUUGGCCCAGAUGGCCUGAUAUGAAGGAGUUACGCCUCCCGCCUUCCGGAGCUGCCCUGUGGCUGCCUUGUCCUUCAAGUGCAGGAGCUGGUCCAAAUGUCAGGAAUGGAAGCCACUGUGACUAUUCCAAUCUGGCAAAACAAGCCACAUGGGGCCGCUCGAAGUGUAGUGAGAAGAAUUGGGACCAACCUACCCUUGAAGCCAUGUCCCCGGGCAUCCUUUGAGACCCUGCCCAACAUCUCUGACCUGUGUUUGAGAGAUGUGCCCCCAGUCCCUACCCUGGCCGACAUCGCCUGGAUUGCUGCGGAUGAAGAGGAGACAUAUGCCCGGGUCAGGAGUGAUACGCGCCCCCUGAGGCACACUUGGAAACCCAGCCCUCUGAUUAUCAUGCAGCGCAAUGCCUCAGUGCCCAACCUGCGUGGGUCCGAGGAGAGGCUUCUGGCCCUGAAGAAGCCAGCUCUGCCAGCCUUAAGCCGAACCACUGAGCUGCAGGAUGAGCUAAGCCACUUGCGCAGCCAGAUUGCAAAGAUAGUGGCAGCUGAUACAGCUUCGGCUUCAUUAACGCCAGAUUUCUUAUCUCCAGGAAGUUCAAAUGUCUCUUCUCCCUUACCUUGUUUUGGAUCCUCAUUCCACUCUACAACUUCCUUUGUCAUUAGUGACAUCACUGAGGAGACAGAGGUGGAGGUUCCUGAGCUUCCAUCAGUCCCCCUGCUUUGUUCUGCCAGCCCUGAAUGUUGCAAACUAGAACACAAAGCUACCUGCAGUUCGUCUGAAGAGGAUGACUGCAUCUCUUUGUCCAAGGCCAGCAGCUUUGCAGACAUGAUGGGUAUCCUGAAGGACUUUCACCGGAUGAAACAGAGCCAAGAUCUGAACCGGAGUUUAUUGAAGGAGGAAGACCCUGCUGUGCUUAUCUCUGAGGUCCUACGGAGGAAGUUUGCUCUAAAGGAAGAAGAUAUCAGUAGAAAAGGAAACUGAUAACCCUCAGCUCUGCAAACUCAGUCUCAUGCUCCUGGAAUACCUUCAAUAGCUGCCUUCCUCACUGCAGAUGUUUCUGCCUCUCAAGGAGAAAUCUUCAACAAUCUUGCUGACAAGCUAGAGCUUGGACUGAAAGAGAAGACUGGAUUGUAUGCUUCCCAGACUUCAAACCCUAGCAGAAGCUAAGGCCUGUGAUUUGACCUGAGACAUUUGUUACAGGUAAUUGUGCAGAAUGAAGUGUCUCAGUUUAAAGGGUAAGAGAGAAGUUGUUUCUGGUUUUUCCUUGCCCCUGUGUGAAAAUAGGUCCUAAAUGACUGAUUUACUUCACUGCAUUAGACCCUAUAAUUGGUCUUACAAGACACUGUGCCCAGCUGUCACUCACUCUCAGCAGCUUCCUUGCAGCAGAGCAGGGCUGAGGGUAAGGGGCUAUGUUUGUAUACAUGUUCACAGGGCACGGAAAAUCAUCUUAUGCUGCUCCAUCAUAAACCUACACCAAUGCCCAGCAAUCACCCUCCUCACUUCCUUGUCUAGGUGUAGAGAGCAGGCUGUUGAACCAGCUGAUACAUGGUCUAUUGCUGGGAAGCCUGGGCUGUUUUUUUUCCUUAAAGAUAUUUUAUAUUACCGAACAACCAAGUCUACCCUCCAGGGCCCGAGGCCUUAUCAGUUCCACUGAUUAAAAGCGUUCUUUUCCACGGACUUUAAGCCCAGCAGGAAAGAGAAAGGAGGAGGGGGAAAGAGCAUACCAUCAUCUUUCUUCAAGGCCCUUGACUGCUCCUUUGGGUUGGGCCAAGGUUUAUACCUACCACGCCAUGCAUGACUCAGAUGCCCUCAGGUCCCUUUCUCUAUGGUAUGUAUACUUUGUGUGUUUGGGUUGAAGUACUACCUGACAUUAAAGGAAGGAUUUGGGGAGAGAAUGCA